AUGAAGUGGUUCGUCCUGGCCCUGGCGUGCCUCCAGCUCUCCGAGGGGCUGGUGAGAAUCAAACUGAAGAAAGCCAAGUCUAUACGGGAGAAAAUGAGGGAGGCUGGAGUGCUGGAGGACUACCUGAAGAAAAUUAAAUAUGAUCCGGUUAAGAAAUACCACUUCAGUGAGGACUAUGUUGUGUAUGAGCCGAUAACCAACCACCUGGAUUCCUCCUACUUCGGGGAGAUCAGCAUUGGGACCCCACCACAGAACUUCUUGGUGCUCUUCGACACCGGCUCCUCCAACCUGUGGGUGCCCUCCACCUACUGCCAGGCGCCGGCGUGCUUCAAUCACGCGAAGUUCAAGCCCAGCGAGUCCUCCACCUUCAUCUACGACGGCCAGUCCUACAACAUCUCCUACGGCAGCGGCGCGCUCACGGCGGUGCUGGGCUAUGACACGCUGAGGAUCCAGAGCAUCGCAGUCACAAAGCAGGAGUUCGGGCUCAGCAAGAACGAGCCAACCCAGCCUUUCUACUACGCCGAUUUUGAUGGGAUCCUGGGAAUGGCCUACCCCUCGCUGGCGUCGGGAGGGAUGCCCACUGCGCUGCAGGGCAUGCUGCAGCAGAACCAGCUCACCCAGCCCAUCUUCAGCUUCUACUUCUCUCGCCAACCCACCUACAAGUACGGGGGAGAGCUCAUUCUCGGAGGAGUUGACGCUUGGCUCUUCCAUGGGGACAUUAUGUGGGCACCGGUGACCGAGAAGCGUUACUGGCAGGUCGCGCUUAAUGAGUUUGUUAUUGGGCAGUCAGCAACAGACUGGUGCAGCCGGGGCUGCCAGGUCAUCGUGGACACGGGUACGUUCCGGCUGACGGUGCCCCAGGAGUACGUAGGCAGCUUCCUUCAGGCCACGGGCGCCCAGCUGACCAGCUACGGUUAUGCAGUUGACUGCAAUGAGAUCCACAACAUGCCCACCAUCACCUUCAUCAUCAACGGAGCUCGGCUCCCACUCCACCCGUCCGCCUACGUCUUGAACAACAACGGCUACUGCACUCUUGGGAUUGAGGCCACCUACCUGCCUUCCCAGAACGGGCAGCCGCUCUGGAUCUUGGGUGACGUCUUCCUCAAGGAGUAUUACACUGCCUUUGACGUGGCCAACGACCGCGUUGGCUUCGCUCCAUCGGCAUAG